GAACCACCGGCCGCCGGGUGUCCUCGUUUGCCUUCUCGACGACGCCCACCCACCCCGUCCGCUCCACUCGCGUCGUUUCUUCCACCCACGAGCUCGCAGCAGCCGCCGGGCUUCCAGAAGCUCUCUCAGCGCAGGGCGCCACCAUGGCUGCGGAAGGCAAGGCUCCGUCGCUCGCGGAGGAGUAUUCACUCCCACCCCAGGAGGUCCAAUUGCAAAAUCCAUCUGAAGAGAAAUCUGCUGCUAGCACUGUGGCUGAAGUUGUCCCUGAGAGAAGUGCUGAACCCCCAGCAGCUAAUGAGGCUACCGUUGCUGUUGAAGAAACAAGUGAAACUCCAGAGGUGAAGGAACCCUCUGAGAAGCCAGAAGCUGACCAGGAAAGACCUGCUGCUGAAGAUAGCGGUGAGGCUGCUGAAGAAAGCGGUGAUGCCGCUGAGGAAACAGCUGAUGAAAAACCAGAAAUUAAGAUCGAGACAGCUCCAGCAGAUUUUCGUUUCCCAACAACAAAUCAAACAAGACAUUGCUUCACACGCUAUAUUGAAUAUCAUAGAUGUGUAGCUGCAAAAGGGGAGGGUGCUCCUGAGUGUGAAAAGUUUGCUAAGUACUACAGGUCACUCUGCCCAAGUGAAUGGAUCGAGCGUUGGAACGAGCAACGUGAAAAUGGCACAUUCCCUGGACCCUUGUAAUGCCGCUCAGCGGCGAGAAAGCCAUAGCCAUGCUUGUUCUCGCACCCUACCUUCGUCGAUAACCACAAGAGACUACCUUUCCUUUCGGGAGACUCUUGACAAAUAAAGUGUUGGUUUGAUGUGCAAGGAAUCGCUUUUGAAUUCCUUCCUGAACGUUCAUUGGAUCGUCACGGUCCCCCAACUUUGAUGUACGUGUACCACCAAGAGCUGUUCCAGAUUAUCUUGUUCACUCGCUUGUUGCAGAGGGACGGAUGUAGAAAUAUGGAAUAAAUGCCACAGAGCUAGUUCCUGCAGUGUAAUCUUUCAAACUGCUGCGAUUAGCAUCUCAUUUUUUCCAUAA